CCAGUCGAUGUCAAUGAUAUAAAAUACAACCAAAAUGAAGUGUCUGGCGUAUUCACACUUACUCUGGAUGACCUAUUUAAUCCAACUAAUAGAACAAGGAAGAGGUUUAGAGACACAAAUUAUUAUUAUACUACAUUCCAAACGCCACCGUGGAUUGGCAUUGAAAUAUGGGGACUGACUGCAUUUAUAAUUAGUGGUGUAUUGAAAACAAUAUGUGAGCCACCGUUGAGUCCAUGA